AAUAAAUUCGUAAAUUUUUUAAUUUAUUUUUCUUUAUAUAUAUUUAGUAUUCCUGAUCCAGAAAGAACUCACUUUUUAUGGGGGCUCAGCAAGGAUUUCGGAUUGAGUGGCCUCAGAGUAGGGUUUCUUCAUACCCAAAACAAGCACGUCCUCCUUUCCAUAAGUCGCUUGGCAAUCUUUUACCAAUGUCCGGGAACCACCCAGUACAUGGUCUAUCGGUUACUCCAGGACAGAGAUUGGUUGGACAAUGUAUUCUUUCCUACUAAUAUAAAGCUCCUUAAAGAGUCUCAGAAGACAAUGGUAACUGGGCUAGAGGAGCUUGGAAUACCAGUUCUCCACCGCUCUACAGGGCUCUAUGUCUGGGCCGACUUCAGGAAGUUCUUGACAUCUAACACAUUUGAAGCGGAGAUGGAACUAUGGGAAAGGUUUAAUUCUGAGAAACUUUACAUAAUUCCUGGUAAAAGCUUUGAAUGCUGUGAGCCUGGGUGGUUCCGUGUGUCCACCUCCUACCCCGAUGACAACUUACAAGUAUGCUUAGAAAAACUAAAGAGGGCUUUACGACAUGGACAAGAUAUCAGAUGAUACACUUCAUUCCGCAAAAUCUAAAGCAAGUCAGAUUUAUUGUCUAUACUGCACAGUUGUUGUAUUUUAGCUUCAAGAAAGAAAUCAUCUUUGUUUUAAUUCUAU